UCAACAAAUCAGAGAUUCUAUAUAUAUAUAUAUGCGAAAAUCUGAUAGAAAUAUAAAUUACACCCAAAAUCUUCUUCAAUCAACAAAACAUCAUUGGCGGAAUUGAUAUGGCAGGCCGGCAUCAGCACAGAAAUGAAAGAUCAAGAAGAAACGAUGAUGAAAAAACUAAGAAGAAGAAGAAACAUAGUAGAAGAGAUAGAGAGAAACGUAAACGAAGUGAAAGGGAAAGGGAAAGUAAAAGGAGGAGGAAUGAUUCCGAUGACAACAGUGAGUUCGAAUCGGAUGAUGAGUCGUCGAAUCCGCAGGAUGUGAUUAAGUAUGUAUUGAAAGAGUUUCCUGCCGUUGCCGGAGAUCUAGAGCAGCUUUUGCGGAUGAUUGACGAUGGACAAGCUGUUGAUAUAAGGGGAUUAUCUGAAAGAUCACUGGUCAAGCAUCUUAGGAGGCUGUUCAUAUCCUUAAACCUCAAAGAAAAUGGAGAUCAAGUCUUUCUAUUGCGAGAUAAAGCCAGUCCUACACUGGACGUUGUAGGUCCAAUUAUCCGCUCUCAUCUUCAACCUCCAAAAGAGCUGGAUAAUUUAGGUCCACAGACAGAUUCGCACUCAGUUCCACCAGACUCGGAAUGUGGGCAUGUGGCAGACAAUGUGGAUGAUACAAAGAAAGAUUCUAUUGGCCCCAGGAGAAGGGUCAUUGGGCCUGAAAUGCCGUCUGCUGAGUUACUUGCCGCAGCAGCCAAACUAACAGAAGCAGAAGCUGAAUUACGAGAAGCUGAGCUGGACGGAGACACUGAAUUAUUUAUAGGACCCCCUCCUCCUGCUGUGGUCACGGAAGCUGAAUCUGCCAAUGAAGCAGAACGUUUCGAGGAGAUUACAAGAAUAAUUGGUGCUGAGGAAGAUAGUCCAUAUGAUAUUCUCGGAGUCAACAAAAAUAUGUCUCCUGAAAACAUGAAAAAAAGGUAUUGGAAGUUGUCGCUGAUGGUUCACCCAGACAAAUGCUCUCACCCUCAAGCUCACCAAGCAUUUGUUAAGUUGAACAAAGCAUUUAAGGAUUUACAAGAUCCUGAUAAGAGAAAAGCCUUAGAUGACAAAAUAAAGUUGAAGGAGGAACAAGAAGCAUUUCAGGCUGAGCUGAAAGCAAUGCGUGAGGCUGCUCAAUGGAGACGUCUUCAAGGUAUAUCUAUGGAGGGUGAUGACAUACUUCUAGCAGAGAUGGAUGCAAAAGUUGCGCAAAAACGAGAUGAAUGGAUGACCACAUUACCUCCUGAAAGAAAACCUGGCAUGACCAUGCACUCAACAACAAGGUUUAGCAAGAGCUCUAAAGAAGGACGUGGGGAUACAAGUGCCUGGACUGAUACACCUUCAGAAAGAGCUCAAAAGGCAAAGAUGAAUUACUUAGAAGCCUACAAUGAGGCUGCAGCACUUGCUUCAAAUGAACAAGAGAAGAAAAGAGUGAAUGCAGAUGCAGAAUUGGUAGAUCAAUACAAUAAAGCAAAACGGUCGAAAUCGUUGGUGGAAAAGCAUCAAGACUCGCUUACGAAACGUUCAAAGAGAAAAGGCAAGCAGGAGUCAGCAAAAGAGGAAUGGGAGGGAAAUCAUCCAUGGAAGCCUUGGGACCGAGAAAAGGAUUUGACUGCUGGAAGACAAAAUGUGAAAUUAGAUGCCGACAACAUGGCUCAGGGUCUAUCCUCCAGGUUUUCUUCUGGAUCCUUUCAAAGAAACUUCCUUUAGACCAAAAAGCCUGGAUAUGUUAGGGUAUAUUGUACCACUCUUCUGGUGAAUCCGGUUUCCCAGUCGACAGCUUUACCUUGAUAGUUAUCUACACUUGUAUCAAUUGUAACAACACCUGCCGAAACAAGUUUAAUGUAAGACAAGAUAGGUAGCUUGUUGGCAGGAGCACCUUGCACCUAAAACUUUGGUCAUGGGUUCGAGACGCUUGGAGGAUAGUUGGGGAUGAUUAUUCAUAGAUUAGGAAAGGAAAAAAAAAAGAAGUUUAAUGUAACAUCAAUUGGAUAGCUUUUGGUAGCUACCGGUUUGAUUGCAAUUACUGACACGACUCAUCUUUUUAUGCAUUUGGGGAUUAAUAAAUCUCUAGGACACCUGCAAAUAAAAUCCAGAUUAUUGUUCUUA